AUUAUGCACUACUCUCGCAUCAUGCCUACCAUAGAUGGUCAGCGGUAUUUCACUUCGACCGCCGUGUUUCUCAACGAAGUCAUCAAACUCGCCAUUUCGCUUACCAUGGCUCUCUACGAUCUUUCACAAGACAUGCCGUCUUCCUCGUCAGCAACCGCACUCUUCACCGAGCUCAUACGUCGCGUCUUCACUGGUGACAGUUGGCGUUUGGCCAUUCCUGCCAUGCUCUAUACACUGCAAAACUCUCUACAAUAUGUGGCUGUGAGCAAUCUGGAUGCAGCAACCUUUCAAGUCACAUAUCAACUAAAGAUCUUGACCACUGCCAUCUUUAGUGUCACCAUGCUUGGACACACUCUCGGUCUAAAACAGUGGUCGUCUCUUUUGUUGCUUUCGGCAGGCGUGGCCGUUGUCCAAAUUCCUGCUAGCUCCAGCCCAGCCAUACCCACCUUCAAGGACUUGAGAGAAGCCAAUGCGGGACUACAUUUUCCUCGGACAAUCCAAGAAAUGCGAGACAUGGGAAGUAGCGCUGCCGAGCAAUUGGUAAAGAGAUCCGCUACAUAUGAAGGCAUCGACAAAGACUUUGCGAUGCAACACCCUCAGCUCAAUGCUUCGAUUGGCCUGGCCGCCGUCUUGAUCGCUUGCGUGCUAUCUGGCCUUGCUGGAGUGUACUUUGAAAAGGUCCUCAAAGACUCCAACAGCAAGACUUCUCUUUGGAUCCGAAACGUGCAACUAUCCUUCUACUCGCUCUUCCCUUCUCUCUUCAUUGGAGUCAUCUUCAAUGAUGGCGCGGAUAUUGCGAAACACGGCUUCUUCUCGGGUUACAAUUGGGUGGUAUGGAGUGCAGUCCUAUUGCAGGCGGUCGGUGGUGUACUUGUGGCUCUGGUCGUCAACUAUUCCAACAACAUUGCCAAGAAUUUCGCCACGAGCAUGAGCAUAGUCAUCAGCUUUUUGGCAAGUGUGUGGUUUUUCCAUUUCAAGAUCACCACUAGUUAUUUGGUUGGAACCGCGACCGUUCUCCUGGCCACAUAUCUGUGGACUAGUGAUCAUGGACCUCGUCCAUUGAAAAUUGUGGUUGCCGAUUAUGAAAAGACCACUAUCGGUCACGAACAGCCAUACAGUGACAACAGAGGCACUCCUAAUACAGCGUCAAGACCAAGCUUUAAGGAAGCUCUGACGACUAGCAGACCGAGUACUCCAGUCAACUUUGAACGUCGUGGAGGCGUUCUAUCAACCAACGAGCCAACCGUCCAGUACGUGUCGCUCAUCAUGUACGCAGACAAUUUCUACAACCACUCCAGACCGUACGAGCAACAUGCAGAAGACAAUGUAGAUGACUACAUUCGGACUGCAAGCUACGAGAACGACAGAAUCAGCUAUGAUCCGUCACGCCCCCGCCGAGUAACUACAAUAACCCGUCAAAGUCAGGCUGAAGCCGGCAGAGCUCGAUUGUCCUUGCCGCCAUCCACGCAGAUUUCUUUUGAUGCCAAUGACUACCAGAACUGGGACCAUGUAUACUCAGUCCCUGACCAGGAUUCAAGGACAUACACACCAAAUCCGCCCGAGGAAGCACAGUAUACGUUCCAGCCUGCAGAGUACUUCAAUACCAUAGAUCGGCCAAUGCAUCAUCAAGCUCCUCAACCACAAGGUAGUAGCUCAUCUCCCUUGAACGCGCUGCCAUCAAGUCCAGCCUACCAAGCUAGCCAAAGGCAGCAAAACCCUGGAACCAUGAUUCCAAACCAGGCAUACACCAAGGCACANGCAAAAAGACCGGAUGUAACAACNAAAAGUGCUCCCAUCGUCCAGGGUAUUCAGCUCGUGCCUGUGCAUGCACUUCCAGAUCGCUUCCAGACCAUUUUUCCAUUCGCAAUGUUCAACGCUGUUCAGUCCGGUUGCUUCGAGAGCAUCUAUGAAUCCGACGACAAUUGUGUCUUUUCGUCUCCUACAGGCAGUGGUAAAACUGUGCUCUUCGAAAUUGCGAUUUGUCGCAUGCUUCGAGGUUGGCAGAAUGGCACUUUCAAGGUUGUCUACAUGGCUCCAACAAAGUCACUGUGUUCUGAAAGAGCCCGUGACUGGAAGGCCAAAUUCGAGCCUUUGAAUCUGAAAUGUGAAGAAUUGACAGGCGAUUCAGAUAUCAACUCGCUACAUCAUGUCCAACGAGCCGACGUUAUCGUGACUACACCAGAAAAAUGGGACUCAAUGACGAGAAAAUGGAAAGACCAUGAGAAGCUGGUCCGCCUCAUAAAGUUGCUGCUCAUUGACGAAGUUCAUAUCCUCAACAAGGACCGUGGUGCUGCACUCGAAGUUGUCGUUUCCAGAAUGAAGUCGAUUGGUUCUGGAACCAGAUUUGUUGCCCUCAGCGCAACGGUGCCCAACUCACAGGAUAUUGCGACAUGGCUCGGAAGAAAUGGCGAUACUCCUGACAUUCCUGCUACUCACAAAAGAUUUGGCGAAGAGUUUCGACCUGUUGAACUCCAACGCCAUGUAUGUGGCUAUCAGUCGACCGCGAAUGCAUUCGGGUUUGACGCUAUCUUAACCAAAAAGCUUCUGGAUGUUAUCAUCAAAUACUCUCAGAGAAAGCCAAUCAUGGUGUUUUGCUUCACCAGAAAAUCAUGUGCAGAGGCAGCAAAGUUCCUUGCCGAGUGGUGGAAGAUUAGUGCACCACGAGAGAGAUACUGGUCUGCACCCACAGAUCAGAUUACGGUCGAGGAUAAAGAUUUAAACAGACUAAGUCAACAAGAUCGUGCAGCAGUAGAAAGAGCUUACCUUGCUGGCUCUUUGAGUGUGAUUUGUUGCACUUCCACUCUAGCAGUAGGUGUAAACCUCNNCCCCUGUCACAUGGUCAUCAUCAAGAAUACCGUCAGUUAUGAGGCUGGAGCCGUCAAGGAAUACUCGGACCUAGAGAUCAUGCAAAUGAUCGGAAGGGCCGGUCGACCACAAUUCGAUACGUCGGCUCUGGCUGUCAUCAUGACAAAGAUGCAGCAAGUCAAGCACUACGAACAGCUACUCAGUGGACAAGAACGUUUGGAGAGCUGCUUACACCUCAACCUUGUCGAACAUCUAAAUGCAGAAAUUGGGUUGGGCAUGGUUCCAGACCUUUGUGCAGCNAAAAAGUGGCUUGCUGGCACUUUUCUCAAGGUGCGACUGGAAGACAAUCCAACACACUAUCAAAUCAAUGGAGAUACUCCAGAUCGGAACCUGGGAGCUAGGCUGGAACGAAUCUGCGAGAGUGCUAUAUCAGAACUCAAGCGGCUUGAGCUGAUUGCGCAAGGUUCAUCGUUCAAAUGCACAGAAUAUGGAGAUGCUAUGGCACGCUACUACAUGAGCAUCACGACUAUGGAGUCAAUCCUGAGCCUUCCGCGAAAACCAAAAAUAUCGGAAAUCUUUAGAGAAAUUCGAUUCCGUUCGGGAGAAAAAUUACCGUACAAAGAAUUGAACGGCAAGAACGACAUUCGCUUCCCCUUCAAGAUUGAUCUCUCUACAACGGCACACAAAGUGUCCCUGAUCAUACAAGCCGCACUGGGUAAGGUUAGUCAUAUCGCCGAUCAGCAGAAUUAUCGAGUUCAAUACAACAUCGAUCAGUCCUUGGUAUUCCAACAUGUUCACCGUUUGAUCCGAUGCAUUGUGGAUUGUCAAAACAUUGACAGAGACGCGGUCGGCAUACGCAAUUCCUUGAUGUUGUCACGCAGUCUGGCUGCACGAGUAUGGGAUGAUUCACCAAUGAUACUCCAACAAAUCGAACAAAUUGGCCCAGUGGCAGUGAGGAAGCUAGUGGAUGCAGGUAUCACCUCUAUGGAUGAGUUUUCGAGUACGGAUCCUGGCAGACUGGAGCUUGUACUCAACAAAGCUCCUCCGUUUGGCAUGAAGAUGCACCGUCAAGCUCAGGCGUUUCCCAAGUUGAGAGUCAGCUUGCAGAUGAGCGGACAAUCUAUUGCCACCCGCGAGCAUGUUGCUGUAAAGCUGAAGAUUGACGUUGGAUUCUUGAACGACAAGACUCCCGUUCACCAUCGAAACAAGCCCGUCUUUGUCAUUGUUCUACUUGGCACUUCAGAUGGACACCAAGUCGAUUUCUUCCGCGUCAGUGCCGCAAAGCUACAAAACAUCAGUCCAUUCACUAGAACCGCAUACUUGACUAGCUCCACUCAAUUGAUCACAGCCUAUGUCAUGUGCGAUGAACUCGGUACUGGAACCAUGCAGGAAGCUGUGCUCAAGCCCGAUAUCCCAGUGUCAGUGUUUCAAUCAAUCAAGGAUAUCACGGCAGAUGUUGGCAGAGAUAGACAGGCGACUGUAUCCAUGGAUGGCGUCAAGAAUACUUUACCCACGUUGCAGAAGAGCACUGAUGCCGAUGAAUGGGAUGACGGAGGACUGAACGACGAUGACUUCAUCGGCGCGGAACCCAAGGAGGGCGACUUCAUGGAUGUCGACGCACUUGAUCAGCCGACGUUUAGUCUAGCAAGGAACGACAGGUCNAAAAACAAGACUGCAAUUAUCGACACCGUCGAAGCCCUAGACGAACGAAGACUGGAGAAUGGCAACUACGCUUGUCAACACCGUUGCAAAGACAGAAAUGCCUGCAAGCAUAGGUGUUGCAAGGAAGGACUUGAGAAGAAGCCAAAACCAAAGAAGCCCAAGGACAGCGAGUCAACCAGCACUGCGAGCAAGAGCAAGAAAACUUCCAACUCUUCUAGCAAGGUGCAAUCAAAGCUGGAGCUACCAAUAAGGAGAAAGGUGGUUAGUGGACCUGUGGAGCACCUAGACUUGUCUCAGGCCUCAGCAUCACCCAAAGUCAGGGUGCCCACGGCAGCCGCACGUCUGGUCAGUCUUCACAGCAGUACGACCAAGUCCAGCAAGGUUCCGACCCUAGGAGCGACUUCUGUCACGCCCGUGUCAAUAGCUUUUGGCAGAAAUUUUGCUAGACCAAAAUUCUACCAGAACCUGAAUUUCUUGGAGAGCGUCGAGGAAGAAGUGUACAACGAUUCACCCCCAAAGGAGCAUAUUGUCGAGGUCUGCGAUGACGACAUCGACAACCACAUGCUGUCAGAUGAGGAAGAAAACUAUCUGGACCAAGAUGAAGAAAUGCUGGAUGCAGCUUUGGUGGGCCUACAAGACUCACAAAGCCUUCAGAAUUCGGAUGAGAUGGUCGAACCUACACAAGAUGCUCAAAGUCUAGAUAUGCUGGAUUUUGAAGCGAACUACCAAAAAGCCAACGACGAAUCAGAGCUCUUCGUAACACCGCAUCCGCCGCGCGUCGAUGACUUUGUAGGUGGAUUUGAAGAUGCUGUAGCAAUGUUCGACCAGAACAUGAAUGAUGACGACUCGACCUCGUCAGGCAUGGUCAAACGCAAACGCGACGAGGGCAUAUCGUCAAUCUACUUCUCGACAAAGAAAGCUAGAACAGACGAUGAAGCAGAAUUACAAACGUACGAGGAGCAGGCACGAGAAGCCGAGGGAGACGAAGAGAGCGUGGAGAGUAAGGAAAGGCGGGAAAAGGAGGAGCUGCAAGCGUGGUUGGCUGCAGAACUCGGAGACUGUGUCGAGAUGAUCUGA